AUGAAUACAUUCUGCGGGACUCCAAACUACUUGCCUCCUGAAAUGAUCGCCAGAAAUGGAUACAGCAAUCAAGUUGAUAUUUGGAGUCUGGGUAUUCUUAUCUAUCAACUUCUCGUUGGCAGGCCGCCGGUAGAAGGAGAUAAUCCAAAGGUAACAUCCCUUGAACCCUUCUCUUUCCUCAAUUUCAACAUCAAGGACACCAUGAAGAAAAUCCCUAUGAGCGAAAUUCACAUUCCCGAGCUUUUAUCAGAACACGCGAAGGACUUGAUCUCUAAAACGCUUGAGAAAAACCCCACGAAAAGGAUUUCAAUCGAAAACCUCUUGGAUCAUCCGUUUCUUGCUCGUCGCGAGCGGACGAUGUCGGACAUUUCCGACUUACACAGCCGAUUUAGUCAAAUAUCGCAUUCACAGCAUGGUCAACAGCAAUCUAACUCGUUUUACAACAAUCGACCUCAAGCUUCCUCAUCCGCUCAUCCUCAUCGAGGAGCGUCGCGUCAAUCGUCGCGUCGAUCCAGCGUUUCUAGCAACGCGUCCGACAACUGUGGCCGUUCCGGGCGCAAAUCGCGGAGCCACUCCGUCGAGCGCAUCCCCAGCCGCGAGUACAUGCCACCGCCGCAAACACCAUCGAUCCCGAGCUAUUCGGCAAAUACGACGAGAGACCCGAGCACAGGAUACGGCUCGGGCAUAUCCCAGAAUAUUGACACAUCUGGCUCCCGUAUUUCACCGCGCUCUGGGAAGUCGGCGCCCGCAAUUCCACUGCACUACCGACAGCAAUCACUUCCGACAAGAUUCACGACCGUGGAUGUUGCUAUCGCACCGCAAGCAUCUAACGAUCUUUCUCCACUUCCGCAGUUGUGCGCCCGUCGGCUCAUUCCCACCAGAUCGCAGAAGAACAAGAACAUUUGCCAUAUCAUAUCUGGCGAGCGACUUGUGCUUGAGACACUCGACCAGGACGGAUUCAUCAAAAAGUCGAUUCUCGUGGCGUGCAGAUCGCAAACUGUCACCGAGUACACUCCGAGCUACGAUAACCAGAAAGUGACGCCGAAGGAGCAGCCCUACCUUCCCAAUGGCAUUGGUCGCAGGAAAGGAUUCGAUAGUUACUGCACACAGAGUGCCUGUACGUUCUCUACGCCCUGUGCAAAUAGAGAUAGUGACUAUGAAAUUCACAGAUAUCCCGAGAUACCAGCAAAAUUGCGAAAAAAGUGGGAUUACCUUCACAAGUACACUCAAUUGAUCAAGUCAAAAACGACAAAGAUCAAAAUCUGGACGGACCUUGGCGAUGCUAGGCUGAUGGAGAACGGCUCCUUCGAAGUCAACUUCUACGGAGGCGAACGCUUCGAGCAGAAGGAAGGAGACGAAGUCGGAUCGUACUUUGAUUGCGCCGGCAAACGGCGAACAAUAGACAGCAACUAUCCAAACACAACCAUCGAGCAUCACCUUGCCCAUGCAAAUAGGCAGUACGAGUCCGUAAAACGGAUCGAGCAAGCAAUUGAAGAUAUAAUGGGCCCGGAUAAUGGAAAUUUCGAGUUCUUCCCCAUCAACAUUGGACGUCGGGACAAGGCGGCCGGCUCGCGACCGCGCAGUGCGCCCAGCUGCAGGCCUAUGAGUACCUACGAUCCUCCCUCAACGCCUAUUGCGCUAUCUCAAUCCAACAUCGCUAAUUUUCAUAGCACCACUGCUAGUACAAAUGGCAGCAUAAGUCCUCACAGCAGAUAUCCCACUCCUCCAAGCACUUUUACAAGCUCCAUUCAAAACCUAUCGAGCUCAAGUCGCCGUCGCGCGCAAGGAAGAGUAAUCAGCGAAAAGCAUUAUGACGAAAAUUGCACUCCGAUCCAGUACGCUUGCUUUAAAAGCUCCGGCCUGUUCGAUUUCAAGUCGCAGCGCUAUUGUUUUACCGACAAAGUGAAAAGGGACGAAAUCCGCGUUAAGAAUGGACCAGUUAUUCAAUACAACAGGAUAGGAAACGGGGAAUUCGGACUGUCUUGGCCAGCUGGCACCGACCAAGAGAUUCGAGAAGCGAUCAACUUCUGGCUCAAGCAUCCCGACGGCAAAUGUAGUUUACAGAAGUCUAUUGAAGAGUAUAUUAAAGUCCCCAAAUAA